AACGUUUGUUGUUGAUCUUAAACCUUAAAUUCAACUUGCAUGUGAAUAAAAGUAAUAAUAUCCUCCUGGGCUACGGGGAAACAAAGACCAAGUAUUCAGUUAUAAAAUGGGACGUGUUGAUAUGUCACUGCCUCGUCUCUGCUGAUGAAUCACAAUAUUUGUAUUUUUGUAUUUAUAUUUGUGCACUUACGAGGAAUUUGAUUCUUCUUUUUAUUUGUUGCAUCGCCCUCAAUGUACCUACACAGAAAUAGACGCAACUAGACACCAGCUGAACAAAUAAAGGCAAUAAUAGACAGAAUGAAUAGAUGGGUGUGAAAUGAAAUAUCUAUAUACAAGUCCAUUGCUAAGGAAACAAACAAGGAUAGAAGGAUGAUUUAUUGUCAUGUAACAACACAGGGUUUGGAAACUCAAAGCAGUUCUAUCAUUCUGCUACAUAAGAAAACCAAAAAACAAAUUGCUAUAUUCUUGAUGGAGCUUGGAGGAGUGUCACAGCUUGAGGAGAGAAGCUGCUCGGUAGUCUGGUCCUACUUCUGCUUCUCUUGCCAGACUGCAGCAGGAUGGUUAUUGUCCUUAAUAUCCUUUGGGCUUUUUCGCAGGAACCUUUUCACCCUAAUAUCGCUGAAGCUCGGUGGAUGAGCACCAAUGACAGACGGGCAGUUCUGAUCACUCCCUGCAGAGCCCUCCUGUCCCAAGCACACCCCAUGCCAGUUUGUAUAGUUUCUGGUCAGGAUGCUUUCUAUUGAUACUCCGUUAAAGUGAAGAAUUUUACCUAAAAUAUUCUGCCAACUUUGUCAGGUUGUUUUGAUGAUUCCCAGAAACUUAAAUCUGUUCAAUAAUAAUACAAAUAAUAAUACAUUACAUUUAUAAAGUGCUUUUCCUGGUGCUCAAAGCGCUUACAAUAGCUUCAUGUCAGCUCCAUAAAUGUAAAUAGGCUUGUGCUUUCAAGUUGACAAGUAUCUUCUUGGUUUUGCAUUGUUGUUGAAGUAGGUUGGUCUCUGAGUAUACUUUAUUAUAUUUUGUAUUUUCUUUUCUCAUUAUGACGUCUCGUCUAUUUUUGCAUUCCGGCCAAUCAGUGUUCUGUAAAUUGUUAACUGUACAAGUAGUGCAGAGUAAUACAACUAUAUACAGUAAUGGAUAUACAACAUGUACAAUUUAUAUUGACAGUGACAGAUGAUCUACAUGUUAAAAAAAAUAUAUAUAUGCAUGCUGGAUAUGUGUCACCAAAAAGUACCCUCUUAACUCAACAGGAAGGAAGGACUAAUGGUGGUUUCCCCGAAUAAUUUCAACAGAAAAAAUAAUUCAGUGACUAAGAGAAGGAAGAAAAAAAUGUAAGAUAGAGAUUCAAUAUCCUUUACUAUCUCCAACCCUCUGCUCUGUAUUUGCGUUGCUUAAUAAAACAACGGUUUGAAUCAGGUAUCCUGCGUCAGGCCUUAAUAAUCUGAGUGGAUAAAAAGGAUCAAAAGACCUCCUCUAUUUGUUCUCUAUGCAGCUAUGGUAUGUUUGAACGUCAUGUGUUUGUAUAACCACUGAGAAGGAGCAAGAAACACACACGGCCGCCUGAAGCCACAUCCUCCAGUGACAUCACAUCAUGUCAUGGCAAGAGACACACACCAUUCAGGAAAAACUGCAGACCAUGAACCAUGCUCAGCCUUUCUCAGUCCUGAACGAGCGGCUGAGGCCUUCUUCUAACACCAGCACUCAGCUCUACUCCUCGCUGAACAGAAUGGAGGACAGACAGAUGGGCUCGCUCAGCCGCAGAAACCCAUUUUACCGACCCACAGUCGUGCCAACAGAACCAAAAGCCUCCUUGAUCCAAACAGAACCAAAAGCCUCCUUGAUCCAAACAGAACCAAAAGCCUCCUUGAUCCAAACAGAACCAGUAGCCUCCUUGAUCCAAACAGAACCAAAAGCCUCCUUGAUCCAAACAGAACCAAAAGCCUCCUUGAUCCAAACAGAACCAGAAGCCUCCUUGACCCAAACAGAACCAGAAGACCCGGAGGAGCCUGAAAGCACCUCAGAGGACGGAGAUCAGGUCUCUGAUGAAGGGACUUUUGCAGACGUGUUGAAAAACUCCUUCCUUAUCAAUGAGUUAAACUUAUCAGAUUUUGGAGAAGAUGAACCGGGUGAUGAGGACAGAAGCGCCUCCUCUUUUGAGAAGGAAGACCAACCAGGGGAGCUGAACUCAGAGGGGACCGGGGACUCAGAGUCAGUGUCCUUGGACGAUGAAGGCAGGAGACCUUUUCAGAGCAGCUACAUAAAUGGAGCUUUACCAGACCUGAUCAACGGUGGCAGGCCGCUCAACAGGCGCCGGACACUGGGACACGUCUCAGACACGCUAAAAGAAGUGCGAAGAGAGGUGGAGCUGUCCCGGAGAAGAAGUAUCAAGCUGAAGGCGCAGGUGGACAAACUCCAGGAGAGCAGAGAGGGGCCGGGAUGGAGCCAGCACAGAGAGAAGGUCACAGAGGAGGUUCAGUCAAUCCUGAAGCUGCUGCGUCAGCUCACAGAGUCCGAGUCCAGCCCACCUGAACCCCCCCGUGGGACAAACCGUCUAGAUGCUUCUCUGGCCCAGCUGCAGACAGUAGCCUGCAAACUGGCAUUGAGCCACAACAAACAGUUCAAAUCUGGAAAUGGAAAAGGAUCAGAGGAAAGCGCUAUCCUGCAGCAGGCGUUACGGGACAGAGACGACGCCAUAGAGAAGAAAAAGGCGAUGGAGGCCGAGCUGCUGCGAAGUAAAACGGACUUGAUGUUGCUGAACAACCAGCUGCUGGAGGCCGUGCAGAAACGCCUGGAGCAGUCACUGGAGCUCGAGAACUGGAAGGAGGACGUCCAGCAGAUGCUCCACCAGCAGCUGCAGGCCCAGCAGCAGGCGGAGGCCCAGAAGAAGCCCUCCCGCCUGGGCAUCCUGAGGAGGAGCAACAAACCACCCAUCCAGCGGCCGAACAACUUCCCCAUGUCUACGCCCGUCCCUCCCACAACCAACUCCAAACAAAUCUUCGUCCCCAGAUCUGGCGUUUCCACGGCUCCCAGCACGCCGCCCCCCCUACGCCACUGGAUGGACAAGCUGAGGAGGCCGAAGAGCAGCCGCCAUGAGCCGGACGCAGUGGAGCCGCAGCCCGAGGGCGACAAAGGUUUCCAGGUUGUUUCACUUGAUUAAAACAGGGAUGACUUUCUACUGUACUUUCAUUCUGAUGCUCAAAAUGUGUGGCUUAUCAUCACUGUUGUAUGAAAACAUGCUUUGGAUCUUUGAGUCAUGUAUGUAUAAAAUGUAAAUGUGAUCAUAAACGAGCCAUGUCAUUGAUAAUAUUGUAACACUUAAAUGCUUUACUCUUAAUUUCCUGAAUAUCCUUGUUAUUUUGUAAAUACAUCUAUUUCUUAAGCAAAGGCUCCUCCAAACCUGCUGCCGAGUCAAACUGCAGUUUAUUUGCCACCUCAUCACUUUAAAUGCUGCAUUGUCUGCACUUUAGCUAGUUGCAUUUUCAAGAUUAAAGGAAAAAAAGAAACA